AUGACGACGCGGCUGGCAGACGGCCACCGUCCCAUCUAUCUCGAUCACCACGCCACCACGCCACUCGACGGCGCUGUGCUGGAUGCCAUGAUGCCGUACCUCACCGACAAGUUCGGCAACGCCUCCAGUCGCACCCAUGCCUAUGGCUGGGAGGCCGAGGAAGCGGUGCACCAGGCACGCGAGCAGGUAGCCGCACUGAUCAACGCCAGGCCGGAGGAAAUCGUCUUCACCAGCGGCGCUACCGAGUCGGACAACUUGGCGCUGAAGGGCGUCGCCCGCGCAUACAGAGACCGAGGCAACCACAUCAUCACCACCACAACCGAGCACCGCGCCAUUCUGGACGCCUGUCAGGCGCUCGAAGCCGAGGGCUUCGACAUCACCUACGUGCCGGUGGACAGCGGCGGCUUGGUCGACCCGGAGGACGUGCGCCGAGCCAUUACGCCGCGCACCAUCCUGAUUUCGGUGAUGUACGUCAACGCCGAGAUCGGCACCAUUGCUCCCCUUGCCGACGUCGGCGCCGUGGCGAAAGAGCACGGCCUGCUGUUUCACAGCGACGCGGUGCAGGGCGUCGGCAAAAUCGCUUGCAACGUGGAUGACCUGCGUGUCGAUCUGAUGUCCAUUUCCGCCCAUAAGAUAUACGGCCCCAAAGGAAUCGGGGCGCUGUACGUCCGCAAAACGCACCCGGAACGGAUUCGCCUGCACCCGAUGAUCGACGGCGGCGGACAGGAACGCGGGCUGCGCUCCGGCACCGCCAACGUCCCCGGCAUCGUCGGUUUCGGCAAGGCGUGCGAGGUGUGCCAGGCGCAAUGGGAGCCCGAGUCCAUCCGCCUGCGCGGCCUGCGGCAGCGGCUGCACGACGGGCUGACGGCGCGCAUCGACGACGUUGUUCUCAACGGCCACCCCGAGCCGCGGCUGCCCGGCAAUCUGAACGUCAGCUUCGCCUAUGUGCAGGGCGAGUCGCUGCUGCUGAGCAUGCAGCACGUCGCGGCGCUGUCGGCGGGCUCGGCCUGCUCGUCGGGCUCGAAUGAGCCGUCCUACGUGCUGCGGGCCAUCGGCCUCGACGACAUGCUCGCCAACACCUCCAUCCGCUUCGGCCUCGGGCGCUCCACGACGGCCGAGGAGAUCGACAUCGUGAUCGAUGCAUUGGUGGAGAAAGUGGCGCGGUUGCGCGCGCUGUCACCCAUGAGCAAAGGGGCAGCCAUUCGGAUCCGCGCCGGCUGCUAA